AUGGACAUCAGGCUCCUCGCGGACGAGAAGCCAUGGGCGUCACAGGGCCCUUCCCAAGAAGACCCAGGAGGCAACGGGAGCCCCAGCGCCAGCUUGGGGACCAGUGCGAAAGAGCCUGCACCUCUGGCUGCAUCCCCGGACCCUGCACCCGACCAUCCAUGGGUCACCGCCUGCCAAGCCCACCGCCAGAAGGCCCAGCCCUGUGUGCUCACCACCAACAAGCGGCUGCAGGAAGGAAGUCACCACAGCGAGAUCGCCAGCAGGGAGCCCCGCUGGGGCCCGAGGGACAGCCGUCGGAUCAGCCUGGACACAGCCCUGGACCCAGGGGCGGACGGGGCUGGCGCAGGAGCUGGGGCGCCCAGGCUGGGGCAGUUCCUGUCGGGGCAGUUCCGUCUAAAGAAGGUCGGAGUGACGUCCCCGACCUGCAGCGGGUGUGGGGGUGUAAGAGGCGAUCCUGCCGGAGCCUGGGCCUGGGUGCAGAACCGAGGCCUGCAUCGGGGUGCAGGGAGGCCCCCGGCCGGAGUGGGGCCGGGCCGGGCCGGAGGGAUCGCGGACGCUCGGGACUCGCGCCCGGGCCGCACUGGGCGGAAGCCAGCGGCGGGCCGCGGCGCCUACCUUUGGCCGGGGGCGCGCCGGCGGGCGGGCUCGGGGCGGGCGACUCCAUGGCGCGGCGGGUCCGGCGGCGGGACUAGUCCCGAGGGCAAUGGACUCCCCGCGGGCGGAGCAGGCGCAUGGCUGCGGCCGGGCGGCCGGGACGGAGGAGCGCGGCCGGCGGAGCGAGGGAGCGGCGGCGCCGGCGGCCCAGUGACAGGCGCGGGAGGGACUGAGCGGCGCCGGGGCCGGGGCGGAAGACGCGACGCACGACCCGCCCCUCACACCGAGGCCCCUCCGUCUCCAGGGCCCGGCCCCAGCCUAUCAGACGCCGGCCUGGCCCUGCCUGUCAAGCACCAUCCUCGCCCUCCGUUGGCCCAGAACCCGGCUCCUCCCCCUCUCACGCCCGCCAGUCGCCUGGAAGCCCAGCCCCCAGCCGGUCCUCCCUCCCGGGCCGGACCUCGUCCCGAGCGCGGCCGGCGGACGUCAGCCGGCUCCCUGCCGGGCGUGCGGCCCCCCGAGUGCGUCAUCCGGGAACAGCCCGGCUCUCCGAGGGGCCCGCGGGCGUGGGGAAGCGGGAAGGAAGUGGGUGGAAAACCAUGAGCUAUGGAUGCAGACAGGUAUGGGUUCCAGUGUCAACUCGGCCACUCACGGGAAGUCACUGAGCAGCUCCGUGCCGCCCCGUGGGACAAGGAGGCCUCUCUGGAAGGGGUUCCUGAGCUCGGGCUGAGGAAUUGCUGGCUCACAGCCGGGCCCUCACUAACUGCCCAGGAAAUGUUUGUAAACACUGCGGGCCGCCUCCUGCAGGAAGCCAUGCUGGCCUUCCCACUGCUGGUGUCUAGAGUGGCCCAGAGCACUCCGUCCGAAUGGGCUCUGCGGCCUUGGGCCUUCGCUUCCUCUCAGGACCUGCUGCUUCUCCAUCUGAAGGUGGGCACCAGGAGCAGCUCCCCUGGCAGGACUGCCAGCUGGGCCCGGUGGGCUUUCUGGGUUCAGGUCCUGCCGGCCAGUCGGACUCCCACUCCUGCCACGUUCCCCUGCCUUCUGCUCCUGGGCCUUCCUGCUGCCCCUUGCACAUACCAAUCCAGGUCCUGAUGCAGGGCCGCCACCCCUGCAAGCUGUCCCCUCUGCUGGAACAUCUUCCCCGACCCUCUCUCAUCGUCACUCCUGGGGCUGGUUCCCUGCCAUCCUGCAGGCCUUCUCCUACGGGCCUUCCUAGUCACUCCCCAGAUCAGCGUUAAUUCUCCGCACGGCACCGUGCGCCAGUCUCUCUCCCGCUGCGCUGUGGGCCCCUCCUGGGCAGGAAUCUUGCCAACUCAUUCUCUGCGGUUUUCCUGAUGCACAGCCCAGGGCCGAGCACAUGGAAGGUGUCUAAUAAAUAUUUGAGGAAUAAACAAAGGAAGGACGGAAACAUGCCACAGAUAUCGAUGAAAUGCCUCGAGGCCCAUGCUGACCUCCCAGGCACCCAUAUGACUCAGACAGGCCCUCCAGUUGGAGACAUUGACAAGGUUAGUCAGGGAGCCGGACAGACAGCCCAAGAAUUACAAAACUCCAUGAGGGUGUUAUAAAUAGAUGCAUGAGCAAGAGUCCCAGGAAGACGCCAGACUCCACCUGGGUGAGGUCAGGGAAGGCUCCUCAGAGGAGGGGACUUUAAGACUAGACCUUGAAGGAUCUGUAGGAGCUUCUCAGGCAAAGAAGCUAGAGUCUCCCUAGAAAGGGUUGUAGGUACGAAAGGGGCCGCACAGGAGGGCCAGUGGGGAGCACCACAGGAGAGCUGUUUCUCAGCUACUGCAGCAAUAUCUGCCAGCCGCCCUCUGCCUGGAAGUAGUACAGUGAGGCCGGGGGACCCCACCGCCAUUCAGAAACCAAGAGGGCAUUUGACGGUCACAACAGCUGCUCUUACCCUGAUUCUGAGAAGAAAAGUCCCAAACACCCCUCUCUGCAGACUCCAGGGAACUGAGGCGUGGGAGGAAAGGGAGGGUGUAACCAAGCAUUGAUGUGGGUGUGAGCUGAGGGGCAGGACCUGGGGUGACAGAGGGCUGGAGAGAGGGUGGCCUGAACCCAGGAUCGGGGAAGCUCAUUCAUUCAUUGAACAACUAUUUAUUGAGCACGUACUGUGUGCCUAGUACGAGGGCACAACACUGAACUAGAUAGACACAACUCCCAGCCCUCCGGAGGUGACGGACUAGUGGGUGAGCCCCAGCAAAAUGCCCAAGUGCAAGCAGUCUGCCAGAGGAUGAUAAUUCCUAUGGAGAAAAGGAGGGAAAGGAAUAUGGAUGGAGACAGGGACAUGGAUGGGUGGGGCGGGGCCUGUAACUUUAAAGAGGGAGGUCUAAAACGCCUCCCUGGGAGGGAGGCUGAGCCUGAACCUGCGGAGGAGCCCUGAGGAUGUCUGGGGAGCACACGCCUGAGAUGGAUGGCCUGUAGGGGAACGACAGUGCGGCUGCAGGAGUGGGAGAUGCUGGGGCCCCUGCUCUCACCUCUGUGCUCUCUUGCUUAUUCACACACCUUGGCAUAGUCCCAGCCCCACGGACCCCUGUAAACCUACGUCCACACAGCCACGUGCAGGCACGGGGAGUGCCACACCUGCUCAGGUACAUCGCAGACAGUCCACAGGCACAGCUGCGCCUUCCUUCCCACCUUCCUGAAGCCGAGGUCUCCCCGGCCUGCUGACCCACAGCGCCCUCUGGUGGCCAGUUGUGGCGUGGUGCUGGCCACGCUGUGGGAGCUCUGGGCAGCGUCAGGGACCUCCCUCCUCUCCUCAGGGCUUCCUGGCCCCAGGCCCUCCACAUGCGGCCAGACAGAGCUUUCUGCAUCCAGGGCUGCGACUCCAGGACGUGCUGAGGCUCCCUAAGUGGGGAACAACCGCCAGGCGUCUCCCCAGCCCAGCAUCCCAACGCCAGCUCUACGCCCGGCACCUUUGCAAAGGCUGUUCCCGCAGCUGGGGAUGUGCUUCCUUGCAUUCUCCACCUGACUCAUUCCUACCCCCUUCACGAAGGACCAGCUUUGCCUGGUCAGUGGGGCUCAGUUGGUUGGAGUGUCAUUGCACAUACCAAAAGGUCACAGGUUCGAUUCCCAGUCAGGACACAUACCUAGGUUGCAGGUUCAAUCCCUGGCCCUAGUCAGGGCAUGUGCAG